GUCACCAGUUCAGCUGGCAGAGUGUAGUCCCCGUCAGUGUCAGGCUGCCGCGUCAACAUGAACGAGGUGUCCGUCAUCAAGGAGGGGUGGCUGCACAAGAGAGGUGAAUACAUCAAAACAUGGAGGCCCAGGUACUUCCUCCUGAAGAGCGAUGGGUCUUUCAUUGGGUACAAGGAGAAGCCUGAGACAUCAGACCACAACCUGCCCCCCUUGAAUGACUUUUCUGUGGCAGAGUGCCAGCUGAUGAAAGUGGAGCGGCCCCGGCCCAACACUUUCAUCAUCCGCUGCUUGCAGUGGACGACGGUCAUCGAGCGGACGUUCCACGUGGACUCCCCGGACGAGAGGGAGGAGUGGAUCCGAGCCAUCCAGAUGGUGGCCAACAGUCUGAAGAACCAGGAACCCGAAGAGGACAGGAUGGAGUACAAGAGCGGCUCCCCCAGCGACCGCACCGGGGCGGAGGAGAUGGAGGUGGCCGUGUCCAAGACGCGGGCCAAGGCGACCAUGAACGACUUCGACUACCUGAAGCUCCUGGGCAAAGGCACGUUCGGGAAGGUCAUCCUGGUGCGGGAGAAGGCCACGGGGCGCUACUACGCCAUGAAGAUCCUGCGCAAGGAAGUCAUCAUCGCCAAGGACGAAGUGGCGCACACCGUCACGGAGAGCCGCGUCCUGCAGAACACGCGGCAUCCUUUCCUCACGGCACUGAAAUACGCAUUCCAGACGAAUGACCGCCUCUGUUUCGUCAUGGAAUACGCCAACGGAGGGGAGCUGUUCUUCCAUCUUUCAAGAGAUCGUGUCUUCACGGAGGACCGUGCCCGUUUCUACGGGGCCGAGAUCGUUUCCGCCCUGGAGUACCUCCACUCCCGGGACGUCGUUUACCGUGACAUUAAGCUGGAGAAUCUAAUGCUGGAUAAAGACGGACACAUAAAAAUCACAGACUUUGGAUUGUGUAAAGAAGGCAUCACCGAUGGUGCCACAAUGAAGACCUUCUGCGGGACCCCCGAGUACUUGGCCCCCGAGGUGCUGGAGGACAACGAUUACGGGCGGGCCGUGGACUGGUGGGGCCUGGGCGUGGUCAUGUACGAGAUGAUGUGCGGCCGCCUGCCCUUCUACAACCAGGACCACGAGCGCCUCUUCGAGCUCAUCCUCAUGGAGGAGAUCCGCUUCCCGCGCACCCUCAGCCCUGAGGCCAAGGCCCUGCUGGCCGGCCUGCUCAAGAAAGACCCCAAGCAGAGGCUGGGGGGCGGCCCUGAGGAUGCUAAGGAGGUGAUGGAGCACCGCUUCUUCUCCGCCAUCAACUGGCAGGACGUGGUUCAGAAAAAGCUCAUCCCACCCUUCAAGCCGCAAGUGACAUCCGAGAUUGACACUCGGUACUUCGAUGACGAGUUCACGGCACAGUCCAUCACCAUCACCCCGCCUGACCGCUACGCCAGCCUGGACUCGCUCAGUGCUGACCAGAGGACGCACUUCCCCCAGUUCUCCUACUCGGCCAGCAUCCGGGAGUAGGCGGCAGCCGUUGGCCGGUGCCCCUGCAGGAGAAGGGACAGUGGAGCUGCCGGACAGCCGGAGGGUCUGCCUGGCGUGGCCCGUGUGGCCGGUCCUUCCGGGCCCAGGACCCGCGGAGCCCAAGCGAGUGCCCCUGCCCGCGGGGCAGAGGGGCUGGUCCUGCCCUGCCCUCCAUCCAGAAGCCGCCUCGACUGGUGGAACUGCUGCUCGUCCUCCGGCAGCCUCCACGGCACGGAGCUUCCAAGCGCGGCCGGCCGUGGCCGAGGCCGAAGAGCUCGGAACGGGCGGGUGCCCACCGGCCGCUUGCUUGCGGCGUCCCUCGGCACAAGGAGCCGCCUGCCCUUCGCCAGGAGCCGCCCGCGGGGAGAAUGAACGUGGCCGGGCAGCGGGCGAGCCCGGCAAGAGCAGGCGGGUGGCGCGGGGCCGGGUGGCCCAUCCCAUCCGCAAGGGAGCAGCUCGCCAAGGGGGCUCUUCCUGCCCCCCCCUUCUUCCUCGCGGGCCCUCGGGACUCCUGGGUGCCCUCCGUGGGGGCCGCUGCUCGGGGCCAUGUCCGGUGCUGCUUGUGUGGCCAUCGGGCACGGAGGGGUUCCUCCUGACUUGCCUUCCCCCGGGGCUCGGCACCUCCGUGCCCUGCCCCUCCGGGGCCCCAGUUCCACCAGCAUCCCCGUCUCAGCCACGGAGCCGACAGGCCUGGGCCCCUGGCAAAACCCGGGGGCCACCUGCUUGCCGCCUCCACCCUUCCCCUCCUCUGCCAGCCCUGCCGCUCGGCCCUGGCUCGGCCGAUGUGAGCAGCACCACGCUGCUGCCAGGGCGGGAGGGUGCUCCGGGUGCCGGGCUGGAGGCCUGAAGCACGGACCCGGCUUUGCACAUCAGAAUCAGUGGCCGUUUCGGUGCCCCUGUGCCCUGUAGCCAUGGGCAGCCCGGCUCGGUCUCCUGGGGCAGCGCCCUCUGCCUUACAAGCUGGCGCUGACACUGCUGUCUUUGGGUGGCCAGCAAAGGGCCUGCCUGACGUCCUCGCAGGGAGGAGGGACAGAGCCGGGUGGGUGCUGGUCUCCCAGCGGGGCUGUGCCCCACUCGCAGGCGGAGCCCUGCGUGUUCUUCCUCGGGGCUGUCGGGCACCCAGAUGCUGGCCGGCACGCCCCCAGAGCGCCCCCUGCCCCGGCACAGCCUCUCCGCUCGGACUGGGCUCUGCGGGGCUCGGCUCCUCCUGCUUCCGCCACGUUUCCCGGGCUGCUCCACUCGUAAGGGCUCUCUGCAAACAGGCCGGCCCUUUCCCGGCUGCCGGAGUGCCUGCCCCCCUUCGAAGGCCCCCCUUUGCCUAGCUGGGAUCGAGCACGGCUGCGCUGGCUUGUGGUCCUGGAACUCCCAAACCAGACAGUUAACGGGGGAGCCAGGCAGUGCUGCUGCUGGCAACAUACGGAGCAACGUUUCCAAAGCCGCCCGCGAGCGCGCAGGACCGCCACUGGCCGGGCCCUGCUGGUCCGAGGGAGCUGCUGCUCCCACCCCCCCCGCCCUCGCUGCGACUGCCAUGGCCGCCCUGAUUCCCCCCUUUUGCCAUGCUGGGCACGCAUGCAGGAGCUGCUCCCUGUGUGUGCCGGCCUGCCCCCGCUGCCGUGUUUCUGGGGGCUUUGCUGGUGUCGCUGCGGGAGUGCAGCCUUGUGUCGGCUGUUCUCGGGGGGCGGGGGGAGCCUGUACAGCAGGCCCGGCCAUCUUCCUGAGGCGUGGCUUGGCCACGGGAGGCAGGCAGGGCUGGCAGGAGGGGCCGGAAUACACCGCCUCCGGUUCCUCGUGUCUACUGAGGCCGCUGCGUGCAGGGAAGCCCUGUGGCUCAGCCCCUCGCUCGCUCGGGUCCGUGAGCCCCCUGCAGCCUCGCUGCGGCCAUGACGGCCCUUCCGGAGAGCCCGCUGCCGUAAGCAGCGCCCGGUGCAGCAGAGCGCAUCAUGCCCCUGUGGGCCUGGCCUGGGCCCGUGAGGAGGCAGCCGGAGCCGGCCUGGGUGCCAGGAGGCGGGUGCUGCCGCCUGCUUUGGGUGGGAGGCAGUGCGCGGGGUGCAGGGGCAGGGAGGGCCCUGACCACGGGUGCGGGGGGGUCCCUCCUGCAGGCAGCUGCUGCCUUUCCAGCACUGGGCACCAUCUGGCCGCCCGUCACCCACCCUGGCUCCUGGUCUCUGCGGGGAUGUUCCCAGGGGGCUCUCGGGGGGGGGGCGGGGUUGAGUGAGCCCCCGCAUUUAUCCAGCCCUCGGGGGCUCAGGCCUGCAGCCCCUUGCCCUGCCGUGGGUUUUGUGGAGUUGGAGGCCAGAGGGAGCCUCUGCCCCAGCCUCAGCAGGGAACAGUCCUCGUGCUGCCUCUGGCCACCCCCUCCUGCGACCCCCCCCCCACAGGCGUGUCCCGGGUCCAUUCCUGUCUAACAGCACCCUCAGUAGCGGCUGCCUUGAGACUGGGGGGCUGCUCCCCACCUGGGCCACAGGCGGCUGGCUGCCGGAGCACGGCCCUCUGCUCCAGAGGACGGGCGAGGGUCCCGCCGGGGCCCCGACUUUCCCCCUGCCCCGCGUGGGGCCUCAUGCGCCGGAGUCAUCCCCACACGGCCUUGCUCUCUGGCCGGCGCAGGCACUGGCCUCGGCCGGCACCGGCUGUGCCGCCUGAGGGCCCCGCGGCAGGGCAGGGCCCCCCUCACCCGUUGGCCUUCGUCUCAGCGCGUGCCUUCGCUGCCCCCCCCCCCGCCCACGUGCAGCACUCUUCAGCCGCUGCCACUCACCAGGAAAGAGGUUUGGGAUUUAGCUCCGGAAUAUAGGAACACCGAUCCCAUUCUCAUUCUGAGUUUGAGAAAAACCUGGAUAGGUCAUCUUGCACACAGCAGGGGGAUGGGGGGCUGAUAAAGGGUCCCCCCCCCGUAGUCUUUCUAGCGUGAUAGCUGAUGCCUGUUAACUUAAUGCUGGCGCUCGUCGGGCGGCCGUCGGUGGGGAACCCGCUGCUCCGCUGCGCGUGUGUUUCUCGUUCUCGCUCAGAAAAGCAGUCCCAGCGGCACUUCGGACUGUGGCUGGCCCUCGCCCGGCACUCGCCCAAGAGCAUGAGUUCAGUUUGUAAAAUAAGGACUACUGGAGACACACCCACGUCCGGGCAUCCUUGGUCAAUGUGCUGAUGAACUCGAGGCCUGGAAGGGGCUUGGUUUUUGUAGUCCUCAGAGGUGCCUUCCUCUGCCCUUGGAUUUGUACGGUACAAGCAAUAAAGGUUUUGUUUUCUUUCUAGGA